UUCCACCAACCGACUUAUUACUUUAUAUUAUCACCUCCAGGUACUUUCACAUGCACAAGCUUUAUUCUGGUCCGAACUUGCGGGGUUUUGCCAGUUCUGCCUUGCGAGGCUUCCGCUGCCUCAGCACUGCCACGGUCCAAACCGCCGCAAAGACGUCUCCAACCGCCAGCCCGACUCCUUUAGAAGAAUAUGACGCCAGAGUGCUUGCGGGAACGUUAAGUGACGACCCCUAUCAGCGGAAAAUCAUCGCUUCGCUCUCGUCACUCCACGCAGCUUUGUGUAACUACAAAAGACCCCACGUGGCGAUACCGACAAUCGAGGAAAUCUCCGCUGCCGCCAACCAAUCUGCAUUUUCCAAGAUUUUCUCUGUAUUUGGUACUAAGCCAAAGAUCCCCUCGCCUCCUUUGGAUAACGCGGGUAACGAUAACCCGCUUGGCGUGUACCUCUACGGGGACGUGGGUUGCGGGAAAACGAUGCUUAUGGAUUUGUUCUAUCAGACAAUCCCGGCACAUUUACCCAAAAAACGUAUCCACUUCCAUCAGUUUAUGCAAUUUUUGCACAAACGGACACAUCAGUUGAAGAUGGCCCAUCAGCAGACGACCGGGACGAAGCUGCAAGACUUUGACGCGUUGCCAAUCUUGGCAGCGGAAAUCGCCCAAAACGAGACAGUGCUCUGUUUCGACGAGUUUCAGGUCACAGAUGUCGCGGAUGCGAUGCUCCUUAGACGCCUCCUAUCGACAAUUAUGACCAAGGAGUACGGUGUGAUCUUGUUUGCUACGUCCAACAGACCGCCAGAUGACUUAUACAUUAACGGGAUCCAGAGACAGACUUUUAUUCCCUGCAUCAACCUCAUCAAGGAAAGAGCCAAGGUGAUAUACUUGAACUCUCCUACUGACUACCGAAAGAUUGCCAAGCCCAUCUCCUCGGUAUACUACUGCCCGAAGCCCGGUGUGCUGCUCCAUUCCAAGGCCAACUUGGCGAGAGCCCAGCAGCACGCAGACCAAUGGUACGAGUACUUUGUUUCACUGGGCCACAAGUCCAAUACUGCACCACCCCAGCCCCAGACCGACUUCAAGCUCCAGAUUUGGGGUCGUGACCUACAAGUGCCUAAGUCCACGCCUCCGUACGUAGCCCAGUUCACGUUCCACGAACUCUGUGAGAAACCCAUGGCAGCGGGUGACUACCUCACACUCGCCUCCAACUUUCACUCGUUCAUUAUCACGGACAUUCCGUAUCUCACUAUCAAUGCCAGAGACCAAAUCAGACGGUUCAUCACAUUUUUGGAUGCCGUAUACGACGCUCACGGCCGAAUCGCAACCACCUCUGCUGCCCCCUUUAAAGACUUGUUCGUGGAGCCGGAAGAUCUCGCGGGAGACUCCCCUGAGGAGCUAUACUUGUUGAAGCGCGCCCCGUCGAAGGCGAAGUUGGUAGAGUUGCAAAAAACCCAGGAGUUGAUCGAAAAGCACGGCUUUGACCAGCUGGUUGCCAAAAAGGCGAGUAAGUUGAAUAAUGUUGAUGAGGAGAGAUUCGCCUUCGCCAGAGCCUUGUCAAGAAUCACACAGAUGAGUACCCGUGAGUGGGUCGAGUUUGUUCAAUAGCGAGUGCUUUAUUUAUUGCACGUUGUACCAAGAUUGAAAGGAAUGUCAUAGGGAGAUGAGCAAACAUGCAGGGGUUUACGGAAAAACACGAUGUCCGAUUAUGAUUGACGGAUGGUAGAUAAUCCGUAGAGA